AUUGAACAUCUUCCCAGAUGGUGGUGUGGCCCGUCUGCGUAUCUAUGGUCAACCAAAGGUGAACUGGGAGAAGCAUAUCGCCAACAAGAAGCGGAUGGAUCUUGCCUAUGUCAUUAACGGGUAA